CUCUAUAAGUGACUGAGGUGAAAUCGUAUAAUUUGUCUGAGCAUAGCAAAAUAAGUAAAUCUCUCGUGACCUGAUUAGUUAAUAUAAUAUGACUUAGCUAAUAUUUUUAUACAUCGCACCGAAAGGAAUACAGGCUAUGAUAUUAUGCAAGCUAAAAAUAUUGGAAAAAGGCCGAAAUCCUUCACACGUUACCCCAAGUUUAUGUCAACUUGUGUAGUAUCAUUAGAGGUGCAAAAGACUGAUGAUGACAUAAACACAGCGCAAUGUCACAAAAAAUGUCCUGAAGCUAGUAUUAAUUCUGUAACACCAACUUUAUCUUCAAAAACAAUCACUUUGGAUCCAACUAAUGUCAUCGACCGUAAUUUAAAUAUAAAAGAAAAUAUAGACGAAACAAAAAUUGUUAUAGAAGACGACAAUCUAUGUAGUGAUACAGAAAACUAUCCCCAUGAUACGACUAACAAUGAAGUUGAAAACAAUAUAAGGAUAGAUCAUUAUAACAAACAGCCAGAAAUAGUUUUCAAUACCACCAACUUUCGUGAAAAUUAUAAAAAUAAUGUUAAAUACGAGUAUAUUUUUUCUAAAAAGAAAUCUAAACAAUUUAAACGUCUGUUUGAAAAUAAAUAUAAAAAUCAUAGAAAUAAUAAGACAACGAAAUUGAAAAACUAUUAUAGCAAAACGAAGAAGAAAUGUCUCUGUACACAAUUAAAGAAAGGUUCUAAAUUAAAGGUUUUAAAUUCUAACUCUAUAACAAAUAUUGUUUCUAAGUCAAGGCUCUUAAAAAAAGUACUAGCAAAAGAAAAGUUACUCAAUUCAGAUCAAGCCUUAUUUUCAGAUGUAAUAAGUUUGAAUGAAAAUGAAGGUGGAUCUUUAACUUCUUCGCCUUCUACUGCUAAAGGGUCAUUUUUUAGUUAUUCGAGUCAAAACACUUUAAUAGAUACAUUUAGUACAAAAAAUAAUUAUAGUAAUUUUGAAGCUGUUAAUUCACAUAUUCAAAUAACAUCAGACAAUCGAACGCCUUAUAAAAUGGAUAGCCUUAAUGUUGCUGUAGCUGUAACUUAUAAUGAGCCAAAUGUUUUCAAUAAAGAACAAUCCAUUGAAAAUGGAGAUAUAAAAGAAAAAAUACUAUAUGAAGAAAGUCUGAACAAUGCAAAUAACAUAGCACAGCCUCAUAAUGGUUUAACCUCUCAAAAUAUCAGUAUUUUAUCACAAAAUGACAAUGAAAAUUAUUUUACUGUUACUAAUUUAAUAACAUCUAAAACGAGUGAUAAAACGCUAAUCGGUAUCCAAAACACCUCAAAAUUAAACUUAAGUGAUGAUGAUACUUAUGUAAUAUCAAACACAAGCUUAGAUUUUUAUAAAUCAAGUUUAAAUUCUGACUACACUUUGACAACAAAGUCCGAAAUAAUACAUUUUGUACCUCCUUCAUUUAUUGACAUUUCUGCAAAAGAUCCAUCUAACAAAGUAACUUUACUGGAUGCUGUUAUAAAUAUGGGCUUGUUUCCAGAUAUUAAACCUUCAACUAGCUCCGUAAGUCAUUGCACUGAAAAAUUAAAUAAUGUUAUUAUAACUGAUUUACAAAAUAAACUACCCCUAUCUAGAAGUUUAAAAAAUAAAGGUGAUCAACCCAAUAAUAUAAAAAAGAUAAUGUCAAAAAAUUUGUUAAAGAAAACCUACGACAGCGAAAAGGAAAUUGGUAUUAAUAAAAACAUUAACUUACCGAAUGAGGCUACUGUUAAACAUAUUCUCCAAACACAGGAUGAUAAACAAAGAAAUAAUGACUUGAAAUCAAGUCAUCCGACUAAUAUACAUGAACUUUGGGAUAGACUUGUGAUUAUUUUAGAUUUUACAGUGAAAAAACUUGAAGAUACUUUAUCAGAAAAAAUCAUUAAGGAAUUAAUAAAAAUAAUGCCCCUAUUUGAGAAGUUAUCACAUCCUAUACCUAAUGUGAGUAUACAAACUGAUUCAAUACAUGUAUUUACAGAAAAAAUAGAAGCUGUUGAAGAAGUUUCCAUUAGGAAAGACAAAAUCGAUACAAUCGAUGAAUCAUUACAAUGUGAUAUAGUAAAGAACCGUGUUAUUGAUAAUCUUAUGUUGAGACUCAGCAUUGAAAGCGCAAAACCUACUUGUCUGGAAACAACGAGUGAAACGAUAAAAACACUUAAAAGUCCUGAACUUAUAAAAGAUUAUCUAGAAAUUCUGAAGCCUCCCAUAAAAGACUCUCUAAUAGAAACAAGUAAAGAUGAAACAAUAACGAUAUCUACAGAAGAGCCUGGUGUACAUUCUAUGGAAUUUUCUAGAUUACAACAUUUGAAAUUAAUUUUUAACGGCCCCAUAAAUUUUGUUCGGGAAAACUGGUUAGUUAUUAGUAGUGUCCCAACUUUUUUUGCUCUAAUGUUGUGCAUUUACAGUAUUAUUGUAUUUUUAGUGAAACCUUGGUGACUUCAGAAAUUGUCAUACGUGUGUAGAGUCGGAAAAAUAUUGUUUUUAAAAUAUGAGGUUGAUUUUAUUACUGUGAUAAUUUGAUCACAAUUUUU